CAAGAAGAACUGUCCUUUUGUUGUUCGCAAAAGUUAAGAUCGGUUGUGUAAGUUGUUUAAUCUUACACUUUCGUUUUUUGCUUUUUGUGCGACUUGUUCGGAAGGAUUAGGAAAGAUGUCGUUCUUUGGAUUCGAUACAAGUUUACCGCGCGAUCGGAAUUCAUUGGCUGAUAGUGGUGAUAAAACCCUUGAUCCUUUCGAUCCAACCGAUCAGCUACUCGACGAUGAUGACGAUGCUGCUUUUGAAGAAAAGUUGAGAGGUCUACGUGCAGCAGGCCAAGAAGAUGUUGAGAUUUAUACGUGGGGAGGCGGUGGAGAAGGUGACCUUGGAGAUGACGAUAAGGAUGAUGGAUUAGGUGAUCUUUUAGAUGAAACAGGUGACGCUUUCAACGACGAUACCUUCGGAAUGGGCAAUGUCGGUAAAGACUUUGACUUUGGCGGCACAGGCGGUAAGCAAACCAGUCUUCCGGCUUUCUUUGAACCUGAUGUACCAAAAGGUCCUUCGGGUUUUGGCCAAGUAAAGAAGAAUGAUGCCGCAUUUGCCAGUACGAUGGAUGACUUUUGGAGAAUGCCUGGUCCACCCUCGAGAAGCGCGGUACCUGCAUCUUCUGGCCCAUCGUUGGACGAGAUUGAAGCUCAAAUGAGAAAUCAGAGAAACGUUCCCGCUCCUUCACAACCUCUCGCUUCUGCUCCUCCCACAGAGCCCCAAGCUCAAAGGAAACCAUUGACGAUGGAAGAAGUGGAAGCUGAGAUGCGUGCUAGGAGAAGUCAAGCACCACCAGCUGCAGAAGCUUCGAAACCACAAGCAGUGCCCGGACGCGAUGAUUCUGCAUUCCCUGCUCUGGGAUCUGCACCUCCAAGACCUCAACAAGCUCCACCGCAAGUUCAACCUGUUCAGGUGCAACUGCCAAUCCCACCUAUGCCAAAUCCAAACGACCCCAACCUGCAACAAUUGCUCUUCCAACGUAUGCGGAUUAUGCUGGAAACUUUGCCUAAUCCCAUUCAAGGAAGAAUCAUGUCUCUGCCACCUUAUAUGCACUUUGGUAUUACGGACAGUGUCGUGCGCGAUUUCCCAGCAUUGACAGUAGCUGCCAGCCCGGAAAAGCUACCUCAACAGAUUGACAACCCUCGCCUUUGGCCGCGUAUCGAUGGUUCACCUGAGGAACAAAAUACGAUCCGCUUCAUGGUCGAUACCGCUUUAGCAAAGAUUGAUGAAGCAUUCCGUCAGGAGAACAAGAGACAAGUCCGCAUCUCAAAGAUCCAGUCUAUGGCACCUCGAAACAACCUCAUGAGUCGUUCCGAUAAGGACUUCAUCACUCGUAUCCAAGUCAGUCAAUUGAUCUCUAGUGAUCCUUACACUGAUGAUUUCUAUGCACAUAUUUAUUUUGCUCUGCAUGGUAACCGCAGCCGAGUCACACUCCCAGCAAGCAAUGAGGAAGAAAAGCAAAAAGAACAGAAGAAGGUAGAAGAGUCCACAAAUGGACAAGAUAAUUCCAACGCUCAACAAGGUGAAGAAAAGCAAAAGAAAGCUCGUCAACGCAAGACGCAGCCAAACAGACGCGAAACUGCUAUGCUACGAAUGCAACAACAGGUGGAAAGAAUCGUGCAAAAUCGAAAGGAGAGAAUUGAAAAGGCAGGUGCAAGUGCUUCAUUGGAAGGUGCUUUGGGUAGAGUCAGCCUCGGUACAACCAAAGCACCUAGGCAAAUGUUGCAGAUCAACCAAGAUGGAACCGAAGCCGGAUCAGCCUCGCCUCCUACGACUAACGGUGCUGCCAAAAACGAUGGUAGCGAUGUUACUGGAACUGGUCAUGCUCAAAAUGCCGCACAACAAGCCCUACAAGGAGCAAGUUUGGCACAAGGUGGUGUGCAAAAGCGACCUGCUUUAAACAAAUUGGAGGUUCUGACAAUCUUAGAAAAGUUGUACGAUAUCGUUUUGAAUUUGGAGCAGUCGAGAAGAACUGCACCUGCAGAUGUUUCAGAGCAAAACAACGAUCCAGCCGCUGUAGAAUGGAGACAGCAGCGCGAUGUGUUGGCCUCUCAAUUAUGGCAAGAAUUACGAGUUCUUGAACCAUUGGAAGUUUCCGAUCCACAUCCUUUCGUGUCACUCUUAUCCACUGUGAAAGGAAAGAGAAUCUUGCCCCGUGCAUUGCGUCAUUUGAGCAGCGAGCAAACCUUGACCGCCAUGACGAUGAUCGUGGCAAGCUUCGAUCGAUUAGACGUGGUGCGUGAAAGUGUUGUCUUGGACGAGCCAGUCAACACCAAAGCAUCUCCAGCAGCAGCUGAACGAAGAGCAAAUGUUCAACGUCAAACAGAAGCUUUUGUUACAAGCAUUGUUCCAGGUAUGUUAAGCUUGAUGGCUACUGUACCCAUGCGAAUCGUAAGCGGAAUGUUGGCUUUGUUCUUGGAACGUAACAAUCCCGUUCGUGUUGCACAAAGCAAACCUGGAGUGGCUUUCUUGACCAUCUUCCUUUCACGAGCUGCUUCUUUGCGUCAAUCGGCUCCCUCUCUAUCUUCACCAAUCAUGAGUGCCGGUGGCCUAAACAAAGGAGAUGGAUCUGGUGCACCUUCACCUGCUGAUCUUGCUCAAUGGAACGAAAUAUUUAAUCUUUUGAUCCAACGUUUGGCUCAACCUCCAGAACAAUUGGUAACUUUGUUCCCAUCUACAAGAGCCAAGGCAAGGUUGCCAUUCGGUGCACCUGCAUUGGAUGGUGCACGUAAAGCUCAAUUGGAAGUUGAAGAUCGUGACAUUUGGCAAUUGAUGGCUGCAAUUGCAGUAAGUGCAAAUAUGACUCAACAACAAAUUUUGGUCACUGGAUUACGUGAAAAGAUUUUAGAAAAUGUGUUGGAAGCCAAACAAUGGUCAGCAGCCAAUCCGAUCGCAGCCUCCCAUGGAGAAGCAGAUCUUCGAAUCAGAAAUGUGAACUUAUUAUUGCAUGCACUCAAUCUUGACGCAGCACAGAUUACUGUAUAAGUGCAAAAACAAUACAAAUUGUACAUCUUGACCUUUUUUCCUCAAUUUAUUUCCCUUUAAACAUGUAUGGUUCUCAUCUCAUAUCAAAUGUGCCGAUCAAAAUCUGAAAAUUCUUGGAAAACAAUUGUAAUGAAUAAUAAUACUACUGGUAU